UCUUUUAGUUUUCAUUCGAAUUUUCACCACCGUCAUCACUGCCAUUGUUGAAUGAUAUUUGGGGGGGUUUAACUAUUUUUUGUUUUUACAUUUGCUUAAGGAAAGUGUCGCAAUAUUGUAAUUAUUUCAAUUCGCGGUUCACUCGUGGAGAACAACAGAAGCUGACCUUUACGAAAACGUGUGAAAAUUUGGACUAUUUGUUGAGCACGCACCAGCUCGAACGUGGACUGUAAGGUGUGGUGUGAACCACCGUGUAUGUGUGUGAAUAAGAAGCUAAUUACACAAGGAUAUUAAGCAGUUGGCGGAAUAGCUGAGAAGAUGAAUAUCCGCCUGCUGGCAAUCGUAUCAUUCCUGGCUGUCUGCCGAGCCGAUAUUCCAUUGCUGGAACUCGGACUAGACCCUGUUGCGCAGCAGUUCAAAAACGUCAUCGAACAGAGCGAACCAGACUCGGUGUUUGGAGGCUACUCAAAUGAUAAACCCAUAGUGCCAUUCCCCGAACCAUCCAACCAAUGCGAAGGCGGACCCGAUGUUUGCGGUUAUACGUAUGACAAACCAUCGUGCCCAUGGGAAGCACGUACGGAGUACAUCACUUCCACCCAAACUAAACUGAUUACAGAAACGGAAGUGCAAAAGCUUACGGAAACGGAGACGAAGACGGAAACAAUAACGACGAGCUUGACACCGUUUUGUGGUGCUACGAAUUCUUAUCUGCCUCCAGCCGAUACAACGACUGUUGUCGUACCUCCAUUAACAUCAACAAUUACUUCCCGAGGACCACCAGUAGUAUCAACUCGUACGAUAACUCCGACCACUACAAUUGUAAUCAGUCAAACACCUUUCGUAACUAAUACUCGUACUGUUACUCCGACGAUCACGAACAUCGUCACAGCCAGUAGUACUUCGUUAACUAGAACAAUCACUCCAACGUCCACCUUCUUGAGCUAUCUUCCAUCAGUCUCCAUCACUAGAACUAUUACUCCGACAUACACUGAUUUAGUAUACCUCGAUUCCGUCACAGUUACGCGAACUGUAACACCGACUUCCACGAAUCUAUUCUAUAAUCCAUCAGUAACUGUUAACCGAACCGUCACUCCCACUUCAACCAACAUAUUCUACGCAGCUUCGGAAACUGUUAACAGAACGGUAACACCAACCAGUACCAACCUCUUCUACGAGGCAGCUGCCACUAUAAACAGAACCGUUACUCCGACAUCAACCAAUUUAUUCUACGUAGCUUCGGUAACAGUGAACCGAACUGUAACACCUACUUCAACGAGACUUUCCUACGUGGAUUCGGUAACAAUAGAUAGAACAAUCACCCCUACAUUCACCCAUCUAUACACACUGACAUCAACUAACACCCAAACCCGAACGAUCACUCCAACCUAUCUGGUUCAAAACACUGCCGAAACAACAACCGUUACCAGAACAAUCACACCUACGUUUGUUGUUCAGACGUCCGUCCCAACAACCACGGUCACCCGUACGCUGACUCCAAGCAGCGUAAUCACUACCACCGCAGCCUCCACCAACACUAUCACCCGUACGAUAACUCCACAGGCAACAAGCACCACUACCGUAUCUGCACCGGUACAAACCAUCACUGUUCGCGAUAAGACCACCGUCACCGUUACCCCAACGCUUACUUCAACUCCUACGAUCUAUUCGACCAUCACCUUGCAACCGACGACACAAACCGUCUGCAAACCUGCCAACACCUAUCUGCCCGACAAAGGCGUAUCCACCAGCGUUCGGACGGAAACCGUCACUCAGAGAUUGACCGAAACAAUCACCGUCUGUACACCGACCAACGCUUAUCUUCCAGCCACUGCCACUUACAAACGAUCGCCGGUCCCUACUGAAAUCCUUCCUCCGGAGGAGAAUCUGGUCUAAGUGAUGGUCAUGGACAACAAAGUGAUAUGAAGCUUGCCCUUCAAUUCAACAGAUGGAAGCUGCAAAAUGAAAAAAACGAAUGUGCCGAGCUUGUAGUGCAGUUUUUGCGCAGAACUACUAAAUAAUACUCUUUAGCGUACAAAUUUAACAUGAAUCAAAUAGUCCCUGUAUAAAACAUUUUACCCAUUCUCACAGGGAGGACAAUUUAAAUGCGGUACAUUCGAAGAAAAAGUAUAUGGAACUUCCCUAGCGUGGUGUAAUCUUUUCGAAAUUACAUUCCGAUGGUAUUCUCAAGAGUCGAAGAGAGUAGAAGUGUUUGCAGAGAGGUGCCAGAAAUUUGACAGAUCCAUCAUACGGAAGCUGUCUAAUUACUGCCAUUCGUCUUCAAACUUUUUGCUUCGGUGUAGCUUUUUAGAGUAACUUUCGCCAGCGUUUUCACUUUGAACAGAUAUUUUUCCAGUAUUCACUGCUCUCAAAAUUGUUUUUUCCACAAUAAAUAAAAGAUUUGCUACUAUUUCGGUAUUGCUUCCAUGUAAAUCUCUUACAUAUUCUAAUUAUAGUUUUCUUCAAUAGAUAUGUAUGCAAAAUAUGAGUGACAGAAACUUCCAGUUUAAUUUGUUUUAAACAAUUCUUAAUUAUGAAUUCCCUAAUUUUAAGUUCACCCAAGAACACGACAGAGCCAGUGGAUGAUCCAGGGGGAGGGUCCUGGGGGUCCGGACCCCCUCCGAAAUUUUUUUACUUGUUGAAAAAUUUUACAUUAGUUUCAAUUUUAUAUUAGUUUCACACUCAAAAUCAUUCCAAACCAAAGUGAACCAACAAAGUUGAUGUUUAUUAAAUAAGAUUAUUUCGUAUUACGAAUUGUACAAUACUCAUUUUUAAAUUAAAAUUUCGAACCCCUCCCGAAUUUUUUUCUGGAUCCGCCCCUGGACAGAGCACUGGCUCUUCAACUCUAGGAGCUUAUUCCUAUGGAUUGAUAGGCAACCGAACACUGCUGUUUACAUUCAGUUAUUUUUCAACCGUUUAUUAGCGUGUAGUAUGCAUUCUUUUCAGGCAUAUGGAUUAAGAAUAAACCACAACUCAUUUCAAAGCAGAAACAUAUGGGGAAGAAUAUCUGUAGCUUAGUGGACAAGGUCUUAACUGUAUGAUUAAUAAACGUAUUUUUAUUAAUUUGCCUUGUUUCGCUGGGUAAGUUCAACAAGUAAAGAUGUAAGAUAUUUGAGUGUUAUCGUUGUAAUCAUUUCUGGAGAGAAUUGUUAAUCAUCUUGGAUCGUAUAGUUUUUGUAACAUAAAAUACUCAACAGUCGGCUGUUUAUACAAAGUAUAACGCUGUGUUAGCAGAUAGUAGUUUAGAAAAAAGUGAAUGUAGUACAUAGAUACACAAAAGAUUCUGCGGAAACAAGUUUAACAUAAGCAUAUUUGGAAAAUUCAGAAGCGACAUGUUUUGUUCAAUGUGGGCAAUUCAUCUAAAUCAUCUGCCAUGUCUUUUAAAAUCACUUUUAAAUUGUUUAAAAAUAGGGUAAAAGACUCUGCAGCAGCACAUUAAAACCUUUCUUAGACAUAGUGUGUCGUGACAGAUCCUUUCGCCAAAGUUAUCCAGGUGACGGGUUCGCUACAAAACGUACAAUAGGUUCAGCAGAAGAAUAGCAGACAUACGAAAUAUUUUCAAGUAACCGACGUGUUCAAACAAUGACAUUCAAUAAAGAACUCAAGGUGGUAUUUAUAAUAAUGCAAUAAUUACUUUUGCAUAUUCAAUUA